GAUGCGGCUCUUUUCCUGCAACAGCUGAGGCGGAUCUGCAGCGUGAUUACGGCUCGCGGGCGGACUCCCAACAUAAUUGAUGACCUAAUUGAAAAGCAGGAGGAGAAAAAGAGAGAGAAAAAGAGGAGGGGGACUCACUCUGCAGACAGGAGAGAGAGAGAGAGAGAAAAGGAGAGAGAGAGAAAAGGAGAGAGAGAGAAAAGUUUACUUGUUCUUCCUCCGCGCAGCUGAGGGUUAUUGACGUGAGCGCAGGAGCUUUCUGUUUUCACGCGCACUUCUUCACCCCCCUCCUCCCCUCCACGUCGUUCACUCUCACGGAGCACACAUCCACCCUCUCACCUGUAUAGUUUCAGCGCGCGCGCCGGUCUCUGUAUAUUUCCAUUUUUCCCUUCUUCCACUUCGGGUUUUUUUUUUUGUUCUCAUUUUUUGGGGGUUUCCCUUUCAUGAAUGAUUCUCUCGCGCAGUCCUUGCCAGACACCCUCGGACACCUCUCCGCCGUCCUCGUCCGCGCGCCCCCCUCGCCGCCUCGCCGCCUCCUCCUCGCCCCUGAAGUUCAGCCGCCGUCGCGAGGACUCCCACUGCAGCUUCACGCGCACUUGGGGGAAAUACCAGCCCACGAGGAAGAGCUUGAUCCUCCGCGCAGCCGCCGAAGAAGAAGCCGCCGACAUGAGCCUGAAAGCCGACGUGGAGCCGAGCAGCAACGUCUCCAUCGAGGAGGAGGUUCGAACUCUGUUCGUCAGCGGCCUCCCGGUUGACAUCAAGCCGCGGGAACUUUACCUUCUCUUCAGACCUUUUAAGGGUUAUGAAGGGUCACUGAUUAAGUUAACAUCAAAACAGCCUGUCGGCUUCGUGACCUUUGACAGUCGCACCGGAGCUGAAGCGGCCAAAAACUCUCUAAAUGGAAUCCGUUUUGACCCCGAAAGCCCCCAGACCCUGCGCUUAGAGUUUGCUAAAGCCAACACGAAGAUGGCAAAGAGUAAGCUGAUGGCCACACCGAACCCCACAAAUAUCCACCCUGCUCUAGGAGCUCACUUCAUUGCACGGGACCCAUAUGAUCUGACGGGGGCGGCGCUGAUCCCAGCGUCUCCGGACGCCUGGACCCCCUACCCGCUGUACACCACGGAGCUGACCCCCGGCCUCCCUCACGCGGCCUUCACGUACCCGGCGGCCGCUGCCGCCGCCGCAGCCCUCCACGCCCAGAUGCGCUGGUACCCUACGCCCUCUGAGACUUCACAGCCUGGAUGGAAGUCCCGGCAAUUUUGUUAGAUUUCUAGCCUCUGGAAACCACACCUCUUGUCCAGCUGAAGUGAGGUUUGCCAAGCUCUUCAUUAAUUUAAUCAGGUUUAUUUAAUGGACAAAUGUGCAUUAUUAUAAACAAACAGUAUUUAUAUCUCCUCCCGAUUGUCUCUUAUGUGGAGGGAGGGCAGGGGGAGGAGUCUGAGUUGAAACCAUCUUGCUGUCGACAAUCUGAGCGUAUCCUUGGCAACUAUUGCGGUACCAUCUUAGCACUUCAAAUAAAAAAAGAAAAAGAAAAUGUAAAAAAAAAGAUGAACCUCAUGCAAAAGUAUAGUUAAAAAAAAUUAAAAAAAAACGUCAUGGAAAGAUAAUUGCUGAGGGGGGGGGGGGGAAGGAACUGAUGCGUUGACGUUACCGUUGUUAAGCUAGUCCUUCAAUGGGGUCACCGCUGCUCCCGGGAGGUUUAGAAGCAUUAAAGAGUCAUUGCAUGUUAGUCUUUAUGGCAUGAAUUUAGAACGCAGAGUUCUGUGUAUAAUUUCCUUUAGUGUUUGUGUUUCCUCUUUACCUUUUUUUUUUUUUUUUAAUUUCUUUUUGGCCUAGACAGCGAUAUUGUUUAGUCUCCCUGUAGAACCGUGGUCUUACCUCUGUGAAAGCUAGGCUGUUGUGUAAAAUGGCUUCUCUCGCAUGGACCUCGUGAACCCCCACGUUCUGUACGACGACCCCGCGUCCUUUACGAGCAUAUCAGUGUCCGUCGUUAUCGAGGAAAGUACAAGUGCUUCUGUACUAUUUGUUUUUUUUGUUUUGUGUGAUGUAUAUUUAUGCAUUUUUGUGCAACUAAAAAAAAAUAUAUAUAUAUAUAUAUAAAAAAAAAAAAAAUGAUGAACCUGUAUAAGUUGGAUGUUUAGUUGUCUCUUUGUGUUUUUCGGUGUUACUUUUUGAUCCUAUAAUCCUGUUGACGUAGUUUUAAAGAAGUGCAAUUUGUUUAAAGGGGGGGGGAAAUAGGGCCUCUGAGCGCCAUUCUGCUAACGGAUUGCUGUAAAACGGAUCUUUCAGAAUGUGAAACUGGACUACAAACGUAAAAGGUUGUU